UGUCCUCUGACCCCUCCGCAGAUAUGCUGGAUUUAGAGGAGCGCUGCGGGGCGGGGGGCUAGGGAGUGGCAAGAAGGAGGGGAAAGAGACAGAGACUGAGAAACAGAAAAUCAGAGAGGCAGAGGCCUAGAGAGACAGGGGGAGUCACGGGGACACAGAAGCAGACGCACGGAAAUAAUGAGGCCGAGAGACGGAAAGAUCCCGCGCGACCUCCUACGGAGACAGUGGUCAGAUAAAGAGCGAGCGAGCGAGGCACAGGGAAAAGAGGCGGUGCAGAGGUACAAAGAGACACCCAGAGAGACAGAGAGGCGGACAGAGAUCGCCGGGAGGCACGGGAGACAAGUAGGGACGAAGAGGAAACGGUGGGCUGGCCCUCGGAGGGCGAGAAAGGAGAAGGAGAGUGGCGAUUCAGAGAAGAGAAAGUUAGGGAAACUUCGCACGGAAGGCCGAGCGGGGCGGGACGCCGGGAUCCCCGCCCGCCCCGCCCCGGAAAACGCGGCUUCCGGAGGGUCGCUAUAAAGCGCGGCGCCCCGGGCCCGGCUGCAGCCGCUCGCCGCCGGCCAUGUGCCCCCGCGCCGACGCCGUCCCGGACGCCGAGGCCCAGCGGCCGCCCGCGACCCCCGGCCCCGCCUGCCGCCCGCUGCCCUGGGCCCUCAGCGUCGCGCUGCUGCUGCUCGCCGGCACCUGCGCCGCCUGCUGGCUCAGCGCCUGGGUCGCGCCCGCGACCUCCGCGGCGCCCGGCCCCAGCCUCCCCCGCGUCCCCGAGCAGCCGCCCGACGCCCGCGCCCGCCUCCCCGACUCUCCGCAGGCCGUGUUCGCGCAGCUGGUGGCCCAAGAUGUACAGCUGACUGAAGGGCCCCUGCGCUGGUACAGCGACCCAGGCCUGGCAGGGGUGUUCCUGGGGCCCGGCCUGAGCUACGACCAGCACUCGCGGGAGCUGAUGGUGGCAGAGCCUGGCGUCUACUAUGUUUUCUUGCACCUGAAGCUGCAGCGGGUGGUAUCCAGCUUCGGCUCGGGCUCUGUCUCCGUUGCCCUGCACCUGCAGCCCCUGGGCGCUGGGGCUGCGGCCCUGGCCCUGACCUUGGACCUGCCGCCUCCAUCCUCCAAAGCCCUGGACUCAGCCUCUGGUUUCCGAAGCAGCCUGAUGCACCUGGGCGCAGGCCAGCGCCUGGUCGUUCACCUGCGCGCAGAGGCGGGGGCACACCUUGCCUGGCAGCUUGCGCAGGGCGCCACGAUCUUGGGCCUCUUCCGAGUGGCCACCAAAGUCCCUGCUGGACUCUCCCUGCCACCAUGGCCCAUUGACACUGGGCCUGGGUACCCCCCGCCGGACAGAGAAUGAAUGCUGCCUUCUUUCACCGGGGCUCUUGGUGACGCCCGGCCACUCUACCUCACCCGGCUUGGCAGGGGUCCCCGCUGCUGACCCCCUCCUCGAGGACUCUCCAAUGGGACUCUCUCCCACUCCUGCCUCAAGUCGAACUUUUGGUAUUUAUUCUGAGCUUGAGCUCAACGGCAUACUUUAUAUUAGUCCAUUGUAUUAAUCCAUUCAAUGUAUAUUUAUUGAACAUCUUCUAUAUGCCAGGCCCUGUGCAGGGCUGGAGACAGAGCAGCAAACAACAGGAAAAAACAAAACAAAACAAAAAAACAACUAUUUAUGUCAAUAUGUGAGAAAUAAAGACUCAUCCACAGCCCUGCUGCGGCUUUCGAGGGGCUAGUCUUUGGGGGGGGUCCGUGUGACUACGCUGUGUGACCUUCACGCAUGGAGUUUGUUUUGAGCAUCUCCUGUGUCGUCAGGCACUGUUUGAGAUGUUGGGGACACAGCCCUGAGCAGGCCAGAUAGCCCAGCUUUUGCCAAGCUGGCCGUCAGGUAUGCCCGCUUGACCCUGUUAACCAUGACUGCGUGCGACCCUGUAUGACCAGACCACGUGGGGGGCGUGAGGUGGGGCGUGGCACGGGGUUAAACAAUACUUACAAACUUAAUGACUACGAAAUAUUGAGGCUUUGUUGCAUGCCAGGCAGCGUGAGUUACCUUCUAUGAGACCUAACUAUCCUAUACUUUAGGGAUUUCUUUCCCAUCUUAUUAUUAUUUGGGCUCCUGAAGUCACCUACUUCUCGUAUCUGUGGUGGAGGUGUUGUGGAACGCCAUUCUGCAGGACCUGGCUUGCCGACUGUGUUCCGUGACCUCACGCUGGUAACUUAAAAUCAGCCAAGAGGCAUCUGCCUGCAAAUGCUUCAGGUCGGCUUCAUGUAUUGUGUGUGGAUCAUCUGUUUAAGACAGCGAUGGAGAAAAUGAUGUUAAACAUGUAGUUUAUGCUUAAAAGUGUGGCUUGUCUUGGGCUGUUGCGUUGUGAAUAGCACACGGAAAAUUGAGGAAGUCUUGUGUUUUCGGACCAUUUAUCGGAUUUAGCGAAGAUGUUGCUCAACAUGACUGGCAAGCCAGUGAGCGUGGACAUCUUUGUCAUCCCAGGCCAUCUGCGUCUUUAAAGGAACAGGAUCGACCAAUAUUCAGUUGUCACUUGGAAUUCCGGGUGGCUCUGGGGACAGGAGUGGGAAAAAUCAAGGGAGGUAAUCUGUCAGAAUUGACUAUGGAAUUUGCAAUGAAAAGUAUUUUAUAUAUGUAUUUCGCAGAUUCUGUGCUGCACAUUUUUGCCAACAAAAUUGAUAAUAAAUGCACAUAGUCAUUUU